AUGGGUGACUCGUACUACGAGUACCUGCUCAAGCAAUGGAUCCAGGGAGGAAAGAAGGAUGCCCGGCUCAAAGAUGCCUGGAAACGAGCGAUGAAAGAGAUGAUGGACACCAUGGUUGUCAGAACAUCCAGCGGUCUGCAGUUCGUUGCAGAGCUCGAGGGGACACGGCAGCGGAAUCGAAUGGACCACCUGGCCUGCUUUGUAGCCGGCAUGCUGAUGCUGGGCAGCAGGACGCUUCCCAAAGAAGAGGUGGACCCACGUUGGGAGCCCUUCGCAGCCGAGCUGACCUACACCUGCUACCAGAUGUAUGUGCGCAUGCCCACGGGACUCUCGCCGGAGUAUGUGGCAUUCAACCUGCAAGCCGCACGGGGCCAGGAGAUGUCUGUACCCGGAGAUGCGCCCCACAACUUGCUUCGCCCUGAGGCCGCUGAGGCGCUGUGGUACAUGUGGUACUACACCGGGGACCACAAGUACCGGCAGUGGGGCCACGAGAUGUUCCUCCCCUUCCUGCGAUUCUGCAAGGCGAAGUAUGGAUUCUCGGCGAUAACAGAUGUCCGCAAGAAGCCGCCGCCGAAGCGUGAUGCCCAGGAGAGCUUCUGGCUUGGGGAGACGUUGAAGUACUUUUACCUUCUGUUUUCACCAAGAAGCACGCUCAAUCUGGAGGAGUUCGUUUUGAACACGGAGGCGCAACCUCUGCGAAUUAUGGAAAGCUAG